UCAAGUGUAAAAUAUAUUUCUUUACAUUAUAGGAUCAUAAUAUCCUCAUUCAACGUCUUGUGUGCAACAUUUUACUUGCAAAGAAAGAAAUUACCUCAAUAUUUGAAUUUAAGAAUACAGAUUUAAAAGUUUUAUUUUGGUGAAUUGGAAAUGCGGUUAGUUCUUGUAUUAUAUUGUGUGUCGUGCUACUGCACCAGAUACGUGUCCGGUGUUACUACUGAAAGUUCAGAGAAUGCUACAGUAAGGGAGACAGAUACCGUAAAAGAAGUCAACGUGAUGAAAGACAAUUACCAUGAAUUACUUAAAAGAGUUAUAAAUAACGAAAAUGAAAUUGAAGAUCUGAAAAGUCGAGAAGAACAUUUGAAACAUGAACUUGAAAACGUUAAGAAAUAUAUGACAUGUCAAAUGGAAGAGUUUAACGAUAUCACUAUAGAGAACCAUGACAAGCUAAAUGACACAAAAGCUGCGUUGAUAAAAACUAGGAUUUCAUUUACUCAGUCUUUGAUGUUAUUAAAUGAAACAAUGCAAGAACUGAGUCAUCGUCAACCGGAAAAGCUAAAAUGUGAGGAAAAUCAAACUAAAUGUAAUUGUACAGAAAAAAACGAGGAUCAUAAACAGCGCCCGAUUGAUUGUGGAGCUGUCAAAACAAGAAAAGGAAACGGAGUUUACAAGAUAUUUCCUAAGCAUUCAGAAUUUGGAUUUGACGUAUAUUGUGACUUUGAGACUGACAACGGCGGAUGGACGGUGUUUCAGAGAAGAUUGAACGGAGAAACAGAUUUUUACAGAGGUUGGGAAUCGUAUGAAAAUGGAUUUGGGAAUUUAGAAGCAGAAUUCUGGUUAGGUAACCAAAGGAUACAUACCCUGACUGCGCAGGGAAAGAGCGAACUGAGAGUAGACAUUUCUGAUUUUCUUGGUAACACAGCGCAUGCAAAAUAUGCAACAUUUUCCGUCGGAGAUGCCUCAACCAACUAUAAGCUAACAGUUACAGGCUUCAGUGGAAAUGCAGGUAAGUUGAAAUCUAUUAUAAAUGGAUAGCACAUACUACCGUUC